UCCAUUCCCACGUACAAUCCAUUUCAUUCCUUCUUCCAUUACCAAACGAGGCGUAACAGGAUUCCCCCGAUCGGAUCUCAGUCUCUUCCCGCUGGUUCUUCCCAGGGUUUUUCUCCAACUCGACCGUCGUCUUGAUACAGGUGUAUAUGCAGAUCGAAGAUUAGUAAUUGAUCUCAAAGUCAUGAAUUACCUUGUUGGAGCAUUCAAGUCACCAUGUAAUAUUGCGGUCACAUUUUCUGAUGGGAGAACCCGUAAACAGGCUUCCAUGAAAAUGGACAAUGGAAAGACUGCAUUGGUUCCACUUUUUCAAAGUCAAGAGAACAUAGCUGGGGAGGUGUCUAUUGAACCUGUCCAUGGGAAAAAGGUUGAACACACCGGUGUUAAGAUUGAGCUUCUUGGUCAGAUAGAGUUGUAUUUUGACAGGGGCAACUUUUAUGACUUCACUUCUCUAGUGCGCGAGCUAGAAGUUCCUGGUGAACUAUAUGAAAGGAAGACCUAUCAGUUUGAAUUCUCUACAGUUGAAAUGCCGUAUGAAUCAUAUAAUGGGGUAAAUGUGAGGUUAAGGUAUGUUCUCAAAGUAACAGUCAGUCGUUCUGUAUUCAGCAACAUUGUGGCGUACCAAGACUUCUGCGUCCGCAACUAUACUCCAGUACCAACUAUCAACAAUAGCAUCAAGAUGGAAGUUGGAAUUGAAGAUUGCUUGCAUAUUGAGUUUGAGUACAACAAAAGCAAGUAUCAUCUAAAGGAUAUUAUUAUUGGCAAGAUAUACUUUCUUCUAGUAAGAAUUAAGAUUAAAAAUAUGGAACUCGAAAUUAGGCGUCGAGAAUCUACUGGGUCAGGUCCUAAUACAUAUGUCGAGACCGAAACUCUUGCAAAGUUUGAGUUGAUGGAUGGUGCUCCUGUCAGAGGCGAAUCAAUCCCGAUUAGAUUGUUUUUGAGCCCAUAUGAACUAACUCCAACUUAUCGUAACAUCAACAACAAAUUCAGCGUGAAGUACUACCUGAACCUUGUCCUCGUCGAUGAGGAAGAUCGCCGAUACUUCAAGCAGCAAGAAAUCACGAUGUAUAGGCUCCUCCUGGAAACCGAAUGAGGUUAAUUCCCUUACCAUGGUAAAGCAUAAAACGAUAGUUUGGAAUAACAUAGAGGUGGCUCGGUUAGAGGAACCAAGCUUGUUUUGUUUCCCUUGUACUCUAAAGUUAGGAAUGAAUGUAUAGUUUUUUCCACCAAAAACCAAGUUGUUUCUCAUUUUGCGCCUCACUAUUAGAUACACCUCCCCUUGUAAUGGAUACGGCUCUAUGUAAUGCUAUUUUGGUUGGUGAUGGUUUCA